AUGGCCUCUUCUCCCCAGCUUCACUAUGCCCCUCCCUUCCGGGCCGAACAUAUGGGCUCGCUCCUCCGACCCCAAGAGCUGCUGGAUGUCCGUGCCAAGACCCGCGACGAGGGCAUCUCAGCAGAGGCAGCUGGCUUGCCUGCUAUCGAGAAGGAGUCCAUCGGCAAGAUCGUCAAGACGCAAUUGGAUCUCGGAUUCAAGGCCGUCACCAGCGGCGAGUACAACCGCACCCGAUUCUGGGGUUUGUUUUGGGACGAGCUGGAGGGCACGACGAGAUUACAGGAUGCCCACGCCGACUUGUUCCGACUGUACCACCCUGACGUUGUGAGUUUGAUUGAAAAGGACCGCAAAGUCAUGCCCGGAGACAGCGUAAUUGCCGGGUCCAAGAUUCGGUAUCCUGCCAACGGAACCAAGAGCAACUUGGCCGAAUUGAAGCAAGUUCAGGCUUUUGUACCCAGGGAGGACUGGGGGAACAUCAAGUUGACUGUGAUUACACCUGCUUGGUUCCACAUGCGAUACAAGCAGGGCAAGGCCUAUACCCCUGAAGCCUACUCCAACGACGCCGAGUACUUUGCCGACGUUGCAAAGGCGUACAAGGCCGAACUGCAACUUUUGUAUGAUGCGGGAUUGAGAAACGUCCAAUUUGACGACCCGGGUCUGGCCUACUUCUGCUCCAACGCCUUCCGCAAGGGCUGGGAAGAAGACAAGGACAACAUCGGCACGGUGGACGAGCUCCUGGACGCCUACAUCAAGCUGUACAACGACUCGAUCUCGGGGCUGCCCGCGGACCUGCACACGGGCGUGCACCUGUGCCGGGGCAACUUCAUCGGCGGGCGCCACUUCGCCGAGGGCGCGUACGACAUCAUCGCCAAGAAGCUGUUUGAGAACCUCGACGUCAACACCUUCUACCUGGAAUACGACACUGAGCGGGCCGGCGGGUUCGAGCCGCUCGCGUUCCUGCCCACGAACAAGAACGUCAUCGUCGGGUGCAUCAGCACGAAACUGCGCGAGCUGGAGGACAAGGAAGCCACGAAGCAGAAGAUCUACAAGGCCGCAGAAUUCGUCGCCCAGGGGUCCGGGCAGACCCGCGAAGAGGCCCUCAAGAGGAUCGGGAUCAGUCCACAGUGCGGCUUCAGCACCCAUGAGACCGGGUAUCCUCUGUCAGACGACGAUCAGACUGCCAAGUUGGCUUUGGUCAGGAAGGUCGCUGACGAGAUUUGGGGUGAGCCGUGA